CCGAGGAGACCGGCUGUCACGUGACGCUGCUGGAUGCUGCUUCAGAACGACCGUAAAGGGUUGCAAAGCUGUUUUAGGGCUCACUUCCUUGUUUCAAACGCCCACCAAAGGGAACCACAGAUGGGACAAAACCAAAGACAUCUGCACAGACCUGUCACUUCCGUGUUGAUCUGUGAACAUGGAGACAUCGGCUGGUUUCUGGCUCCUCGCAGUGCUGCUGUUAGUCGGCUUCACUCAGGCCCAGACUGUGGAGAAGUACUUCAGGGUUGGUGAAACACUCCAGCUCAGCCCUCAGCCGGUCUCUGAACGGAUCUACAGCGUCGUGUGGAAAUACGGUAAAUACCUGCUGGCUGAGUGGGUGAAAGACCAGAUUCCUCUGACAUAUUACAGCAAGUUUAAAGGCCGAACCACUGUGAACACUGGCACGGGAGUGUUGGAGAUCAGGAACAUGACUGCAGCGGACAAUGAGGUGUAUACAGUGGAGAUCAACAACCACGUCCAGAGUCGGGUUCAUAAGAUUAUGGCGAUCGAGGAUGUGCCCCAGCCUGAGGUGGAAGUGAAGCCGCUGGCGUGUGGCUCAGCCUCAAAGGACUGUAAACUGGUGUGUGAGGGAGACGUUAGCAAAGCCGGGCCUGUGGAGUACUUCUGGAAGGAGGAUGAUGGAGAGUGGGCAACGUCUGGAAAGAACACCAUGGAGAUCAUCAAUGAUGAGGAAACACAGCGUGUGGAAACUUUCUCCUGCAGAAUAAAGAACCUGUUUAGUGAGAAAGAGAGCAACGCCUCCAACGUGUUCUACCAAAUAAAACCAGCAAACAGUGACGAUCUGCACUGUGGACUCUGGGUUACAACUUUAGGUGCUGUGAUGAGAUCUCUGGCGAUCCUCGCACUCUUUGUGGUGGUUGUCUACUUUCUGUGUCAGAAACUACAGACUGGCUGUAAAUGCAGAAAAAGUGAUGAUGAUGCUGUUUAAAAUGAACUGUCGCCUUUGACUUCCUGAUGAAGAGUAAAGCACAUCAGCUGUACUGAGAGGGAAGUUCAUGUUUAGCUUUGUUAAACUGCUCUGCUGCAUUUCUACAGUAAACAUAAUUUAGCAUACAGUUAUAGUCAGCCAUGUUUGUAGUUUUCUUUGGUCUUCUCUGUCUUUAUUUGUCCUUGUUUUGACCUUAUUUUGGUAAUCAGUUUUUUUCACUUCCUGUCUUUAUCUAUUUUUACUUUGUUCAGUUAGUUUUGCUUCUUUAUUUCUGUGUAUUUGUACUUCUUUAUGUAUUUCUCUUGGUAUUAGUGUGUUUUCCCACAUAUGCCCGUCAUUCCUGCCCUCUUAUUUAUCUGGUCAGGAUUCCUGUGUUUUGCUUUAAGAACUAAAAACUCUGCUUUGGUUCAUCAUCCCUGUCUCACUGCUCCUGCAUUUUAAACGCUGUGACGAGGCAGAAAAAGGUGGAAACAUUCAGAUGUUGUGUGCUCAACCUGCACGAGCGUCAGCUUUCGUCCCACAGACAGAGGUAGAUAUUAUUCCAGCAGAGCUGAGAUGACGAUGAUGAUGGUGAAAUGUUUUGUCCUGCAGUUGUGGCACAUGUUGAUUGUACAGUGGAGGCUUUGCUGCUCGGCUGGUGAUCACACCGUCACAUUAUCUCUGUUAUGUGAGCUGUUCUGUAAUAAAUGUGUUUACUUGUCUCUGUCA